ACCCUCUGUAUUUGAUUAUGAAAAUUUAUUGGAUCCAGUAGAUGAUGAUGAAGAGAUAGAAGUUCCUAAUAAUCAAAACAGUGAUGAAAAAUAUUUUGAAGAAGAUAAUUAUAAAAAUAAUUAG